AUGGCUUCAUUCGAUUUCCGUUCUUGCAAAGGUCUCGUCUUCGCUAUCACUGGCGGUGGUGGAGGCAUUGGGGGCGCAACAGCCCUUCGGCUGGCCCAACUGGGGGCUGCAGCUGUCGCUAUUGCAGAUGUGCAUGAGGAGGGAAUGGAGGCCAGAAAGAAGGAGAUCGUGGCAGCCUGUCCCGACUGCAAAGUCAUGACUACUAAAGUGGACGUCAUAGACCCGAAGCAAGUUGACGAUUGGAUCUCAUCGAUCGUAGCUGAAUUCGGUCGCCUGGACGGCGCUGCGAACAUCGCUGGAGGUGAGAGAAAGGGAAAUCGGAAAGCUGAGGACAGAAUUAUCGAAAUUGUCGAUGAAGAUUGGCAGCACGCGAUAGACUUGAACUUGCGAGGUACUAUGAAUUGCCUAAGAGCCCAGCUCAAGGUCAUUACACGACCCGGCGGGUCUAUUCUUAACUGCAGCUCCGGAGGCGGCUUGGCUGGCCUUCCUCACCAUGGUGCCUACGGCGCGUCCAAGUGGGGGAUCCGCGGGCUCACGAGGACAGCCGCUGUGGAAUACGGGCCUGAGGGAAUUCGGGUCAAUUGUUUGGUACCCGGGCCUAUCGAUAGCAGUCCCGUGUUGCAUGAACUUGCGGCCAAGGGAUUGCUCGAUCUGCAGUGGAUGGCUGAUCAUUCAGCCAUGAGAAGACUGGGAAAGCCAGACGAGGUCGCAAAAAUGGCGGCUUUCCUCCUAUCCCCUGAUGCUUCAUACGUAUCGGGUAUUGAUGCUCCAGUUGACGGUGGCGGCUGCGCAAUGGGCGGUUAUGGUGACUGGAGCUACAAAAAGGCUGUACAGUCUAAGCAAUAA